AUGGCCAGCGCCGUCGUGGAGAAAGUUACCGAUGCCGUCAAUGACGUGACCAACGCUCUGAGCAAUACCUCUAUCACCAGCAAGGACGAAAACAAAGAUGCAGUCCAUGCCAGUGCCGCUGAGGGUCGCCGCCUGUACAUCGGCAACCUCGCGUACGCGACAACCGAGGGGGAGUUGAAAGAGUUCUUCAAGGAAUACCUUGUUGAAUCCGUCUCCAUUCCCAAGAACCCACGCACAGACCGCCCCGUUGGCUACGCCUUCGUCGACCUCUCUACCCCGUCCGAGGCCGAGCGUGCCAUCGCCGAGCUUAGUGGCAAGGAGGUACGCGAGCGCAAGGUCAGCGUUCAGCUCGCUCGUACUCCUCAGCCUGCCGGUGAAAAGGCCGAGGGAGGUUCCAACGGUGAACUUGGAGGUUCCGGACGCCGAUCUUCUGGUCGCGGCCGUGGUCGUGGCCGUGGACGUGGCGGUCGCGGUGGACGAUCUGACCGAGGAGACGCUGAUGCCGCCGGAGAGGGCGCAGAAGCUGCUCCGGAGGCCACCGAGGUUCUGCCUUUGACCGACAUCACUAACAAGGUCGAUACUGAGUCGGACAAGAACAAGAAGGGACCUGCUCGUGAGCGACGUGAGCGUGGACCCCCGGCUGAUGGUAUUCCUUCCAAGAACAAGGUCAUGGUCGCCAACCUGCCUUAUGACCUGACUGAGGAGACUCUCAAGGACCUCUUCAAGGACUACGAGCCGUCUUCCGCCAAGAUCGCUCUUCGACCUAUCCCCCGAUUCAUGAUCAAGAAGCUUCAGGCUCGAGGCGAACCGCGCAAGGGACGUGGCUUCGGCUUUGUCACCCUGGCCUCCGAGGAGUUGCAGCAGAAGGCUGUUAACGAGAUGAACGGCAAGGAGAUCGAGGGCCGUGAGAUUGCUGUCAAGGUCGCCAUUGACAGCCCCGACAAGACCGACGAGGAGGCUAACAUCCCCCACGAAGGUGAGGGCCAGGCCGAAGGCGAGACCACCAAUGGUCAGGAGGCGGCCACUGCUACCGCCUAA